AUGGAUGUGGAAGCGAAGGCAGCAGCUCCUCCGUCUACGGUGGCUGAUUUACUGCGCCGCAACGGCGGUAAUGUUAGCGACAUAGAUUUCAGUGUUCUGGAGAAAAUCCUACCACAAUGUACGGUCGGGGAGUUGAGGCAAGUAGAGAAGAGUAGCGGAGGUAGAGAUUUGAGUCCAGUUACCGAAGAGUUGUGGCGGAAAUUCUACGAACAGAAGUUCGGGCGUUUAAGGACUGAUGCGGCGAGCAAAAGGAUGAAGAAGGAGAAUGUGAGGUACAGAUGGAUGGAGCUGUACGAUUCAAAGGAGAAGGAAGAACUCGACGAGGCCGAAAAGAAGGCUGCCGAGAGGUUGAAGAGGCGGUAUAAAGAGGAAGCUUUGCGAAAACAAAGCCGGCGAGUUGUUAUUUGCAAAGAGACAGAGGUUCCGUCAUCGUCAUGGAACAAAAGAAAAAGAAGCGAGGAUGAGGUUCCGUCGUCAUCAAGCAACAAAGGAAGUAACACCGGCAGCUCCUGCGGUGGCGACGACGGUCCCGUCCGAAAGCGAAAGGAAAGCUUGAUCAUGAAGAAAGCGAGAAAAGAUUUUCUCAACUGUAUUGAGGUGAAAAAUAUUACAGCAAUGGGGAUGGUUAAAUUGCAGAAGGGCUACAGUUCCUAG